CGGCCAAUGAUUGCUAUCCGAUUUCUCGUUACCUCGAAUCGAAAUCUCCGCGUUUGACUGAUUGUCUUUAUUUGAAGCUAGUUUGAGUGGAGAUUAGCUGCGGAGAAGUAGAAGUGAAUACUGCGAAUUGCAGGACCUGCUAGUAUUGUCUACUAUCUAGUAUGGUUCUCACACAGGCCCAGAUUACUUUAGCUCAAAUGCAUACAAAAAUAAUCUGUAACAUGUACAUAGCUCGGCUAAUAGUUUUUUCCCCGUUUAGACAGGAUACUCAACAAUGUCAGACUGGUAUAAUUGACGGGGUGUGUUUUUUUUCUUCUUGUAAACAUGAUGAUGAAGAAUUUGCGAAAUCAUGGACGGAGACGGUUCAACCACAGACGCCUCUCAGUUAGCCAUGUCGGGGGAUUACAUGGCCAGUAGCCACUAUGUUCUUCAGUCACAAGAUGAUGACGGAGAUGAGAGCCUACAUGACCAUGAGGAAGGCAACGGCAGCAAGGAAAACUUCCGUGAGCAGGACAUCUACCUCCCCAUCGCUAAUGUAGCUCGCAUCAUGAAGAACGCUGUGCCACAGACAGGAAAGAUAGCGAAGGAUGCCAAGGAGUGUGUGCAGGAGUGUGUCAGCGAGUUCAUCAGCUUCAUCACGUCAGAGGCCAGCGAGCGCUGCCACCAGGAGAAGAGGAAGACCAUCAACGGAGAGGACAUCCUGUUUGCCAUGUCCACCCUGGGCUUCGACAUGUACGUGGAGCCCCUCAAACUCUACCUGCAGAAGUUCAGAGAGGCAAUGAAAGGAGAGAAGGGAAUCGGGGGCGUAUCUGUAACAGAGGGUCUAGGAGAAGAACUCACAGAUGAAAGUUUUGCGAACCAGUUGCCUGCUGGAAUAAUAACUGCUGAUGGACAACAACAGAAUGUCAUGGUUUACACCACUUCGUACCAACAGAUUCCCGGAGUACAGCAGAUCCAGUUCUCUUGAUGACAUUCCAGAACUCCCCUUUCAGAAUUGGAAUGCAUUUUUUUGCAGUGGGGACGUGAUUACUGCAUUACUGAACACUCAGGUCAAAAUGGAAAUAUGGCUGUGGGAAGAUGGAAACAUCCAGUUGUGAGUGAACGGGGGGCAUAUGCAGAACUUGACAAUUUGCAUCAGAUUUAUGUUCUGGUUAUUCAUAAAGAACAGGAGUAGAGCUGAUCUGGAGCCAGUUAUUUGGCUGUUUUUCCUUUGUUUAUUGAUGAUUGAUAUUCCCUACAUUUUGUGUAUUACUUGUUUGGAGAUCUAUACUCAUUUAAGGGGAAGGGAUUGGGGUGGGGUAUGAACAUGCUUAAACAAGGUGUCAAUGUGUCUUGGCAAAUGGUGACCUCUUUGACAUUGUAAAACAGGACUGCAGAACCCAGUUCCUGGAGAGCUACCACCCUGUGGGUUUUCUCUCCAACUGUAAUUUACCCCACCUUACUCUUAGCUGGAUGAAACGCUUGACUUAAGUCACAGCUUGGGUUGGAGGGAACCUACAGGGUGGUAGAUCUUCAGGAAAUCUUUUGGGGAGCCCUGUUGCAAAGCAAUAAAAGUAGUGGAAGUUUGACCUCUGCACUCUAAAUUCAGUUGUGCGUAGCAUGCCCUUAUUUAUGAAUUAGUCAUGUAACUUAUAAUUUCUGUAAAGUUAUUUUAUAUCUGUCCUUUUAAUAAAAUAUUAGUGUGAUGCUA